CCGGAGAUCUCAGCAGAAUUCGGCUCUGGAAGAGUUUCGGACACGUUUUUGUUUUGGUCUUUGAGAUUUUAAGAGGCAGAGAACUUCAGAAUUAAAAUGCCCGGUGGAUUGGAAUCGCGGCUCGCCUGGUGCCUUGCACUGACCCUCGCCUUGAGUUGGGCCGGAGCCGGUGCCGAGGAGUGUGUGUACCCUUGUCGCUGUGACCCGAGACCCCUGCACUGCCCGGCCGGGGUGAGUGUUCUGACUGACGGCUGCGGUUGCUGCAAGGUCUGCGCUCGGCAACUGGGGGACGAUUGCAGCUCCCUGCUCCCCUGUGACCGGCAUCGGGGCUUGUACUGCGAGCUGCCCACACGCAACACCCGGCAGGGCGGCAUCUGUCUGGCCAGGGAGGGUGCAACGUGUGACAUGGGAGGAAUGGUCUACAGGAGCGGGGAGACCUUCCAACCAAGCUGCAAGUAUCAGUGUACUUGCAUGGAUGGAGCUAUCGGCUGUGUUCCUUUCUGUUCCGACGAUGUGCGUCUGCCCAGCCCGGAUUGUCCCUCUCCCAGACGGAUUAAGAUCCCUGGAAAGUGUUGCGAGGAGUGGGUUUGUGACACGCGGCGUGAUCGACCUGUCUUCAAUGCUGCCAUGGCAGUUUAUAGACAAGAAGCUAUUUAUGGACCUGAUUCAAGCCAAGUGCGUGACAACUGUAUUGUCCAGACCACUGACUGGAGUGCGUGCUCAAGGACGUGCGGAAUGGACAUUUCCACCAGAGUGACCAACGACAACAAGAAAUGCCGCCUGGAGAAGCAGAGCCGGCUGUGUAUGGUCCGUCCCUGCAACACCCAGCUCGAGCGCAGCAUCAAGAAAGGCAAGAAGUGUGUCCGUACCCCGAGGUUGUCCAAGUCGAUGAAGUUUGAAUUUUCCGGCUGCACCAGCACGAGGUCCUACCGGCCCAAGUUCUGCGGAGUGUGCACGGACGGCAGGUGCUGCACCCCUCACUCCACCACCACCCUGCACGUGGAGUUUAAAUGUCCUGACGGAGAACUGAUGAAGAAGAAGAUGAUGUUCAUCAAGACUUGCUCCUGCCACCGCGACUGCCCGUCCGCCAACGACAUCUUUCUGUCCAUCUAUUACAGGAGAAUGAUUGGUGACUAUGCUGCAUAAAGGGCAUUGGCAUCUCAUCAUUGACUGGCUCGAGCAGCCCCUGUGAACAUCACCCCAAGACAAAUAAAUGCUUGCGGAUAUUAGAGUGCGUUUCCUCAGAUUACAGGGAUAGUUGAUUAUGUACAAACUCUUGUUUUCAUCAUAUGUGGUGAUCAUUGUCCUUGUGUGAAGUGCUGUAAAAUGCAGUCAAAUAUUUCAACGUCACUAAUGGAGAUGUGAAAUUUGAAACUCAAGCAUGUUUAAAUGAGUCCAAUCGCCCGUACUUUAAUUUCUCACCGCGCAGUCUAGGCUUGUGUCCUAAUAAGUGAACAGCUCUGCUUUCAACCAGCGUUGAAAGAUCAGAGGACAGUGGCGGUGAGCUACUGUGGAACAAAGUGGGGAAAUUGUAUCUGUUGCUCUUUAAUGAUUGUAGGGCUUGUGUGGCCUGUGAACAAGGUGGCCACCAACCCACCCUCCCUACCCCUUUGUGUUCAUAUACACACUGGAAGUAUCCCUUUCCCAUUCCCACACUGACCUUUCUGUCCUGGGUCUCCUCCAUUGUCAGAGUGGGGCUAAACGCAAACUGGAGGAACAGCAUCUCAAUUUUCGCUUGGGGCAGCUUAUAACCCAGCGAUAUGAAUAUGAUUUCCCUAACUUCAAGUAACCCUUGCAUCUCCUCUCUCUCCAUCCCUCCCCCGCCCAAGUCACGCCAACUUUUCGUUCCCACCUAGCUACUGUUAAUAAUGAGCUUUCCUUUAUCAAUGUUACACUUUUGCUUAUCAUCCAUUCAAUUGUUCCAUAUCUCUCUCUACACUAUCGUCCACGUCUCUUCUUUCCCUUUCCCGUGACUUUCGGUCUGAAGAAGGGUCUCGACCCGAAACGUCACCCAUUCCUUCUCUCCAGAGAUGCUGCCUGUCCCGCCAAGUUACUCCAACAUUUUGUCUCUACGGUGGUAUCAAGGAUCACUGAUAUCGGGUCCCUGACGUGAACACCAUGAAUGGGUUUCGGAGCGGUGUUAUUGAGCAUACUGCAGCAUUGCUGAUGACACUUGGUUAAAUCUCCUUCAGUUUUUGAUCCUUUUGACUUGUGACCAGGUUGUGUCCCAUGCAAUCAGUUAUUUCUUGAAUGAAACCCAAACGUAUAUCACAAGAGACCAUUGUUUUAAGAUUGACUUGUGAUUAGUGUAAAUAUGUGUACAGUUUUAUACUCUAAUAUAUAUUAUCACAGUGUGUUUUGAAUCGUAGGCUGGUUGUUAUAGACAAUGUUUGGAAAAGAAGUAAAUAUUUGCUGUGUUUUUAGAAUAAAAUUCUAUUUUUCUACAAA